AUGUCUGAACAAGCGAUGGAAGAAGAUCAACAAUCUUAUGAAGAUAUCAACGCUGUCAAAACUCCGUUCGACGUGGCACAAUGUGAUGGUGAUUCUCUUUACACCUAUCUGCCAAAUUGGUUAAAUAGUUUAACCGAUGAACAAAUCCGAGCUCCACCCAUGUCUGGCAAUGUCUUUCAACAAUACAUUCGUCAAUCGCAUUUAGAAUCGAGUAUGGCAAAUAGCAUUCGUAAAAUGGCAUUGAAUGAAGAUCGUCUGUUUACUGUUGACGACUUCGAAUUCGGUCGGCCGCUGGGCAAAGGUGCAUUUGGUAUCGUCUAUUUAGCACGAUUGAAGAAAACGAAAUUUAUCUGUGCAUUGAAAAUGCUUCAUAAGAGUAAAAUCAAUGAAUAUUCGAUGGCUGAACAAGUGAAAAUUGAAACGGAAUCUGGUUUCAAAUUGAAUCAUCCAUUAAUUCUGACAAUGUACGAUGUAUUUCACGAUGAAAAACGCUUCUAUUUCAUGCUUGAAUAUGCUCCACAUGGACAAUUGUAUCGUUUCUUGCAAAAAUUACGUCGGUUCUCCGAUCGUUUAGCUGCUAGUUACAUCUAUCAAAUCUGUCAUGCAUUAGAAUACUGUCAUAGUAAAAGUAUCAUUCACCGAGAUUUAAAACCAGAAAACAUUCUCGUGGAUUGCUGUGGAAAUUUGAAAUUAGCUGACUUUGGUUGGUCAACAAAAAUCCGUCAUGCUGAUACGAUGAAUACAACUGCAUGUGGUACAUUGGAUUAUUUAGCACCGGAGAUCGUUGGUCAUAAACAAUAUCAAUAUCAUGUUGAUAAUUGGUGUGUGGGAGUCCUAGCUUAUGAAUUGCUUUCCGGUCAUGCACCGUUCGAAGGUACAGAUGAUGAGACGAAGGUGAAGAUCGCAAAUAUUAAUUAUACAUUUCCCGACUAUUUCUCGCCUUUGGCAAGAAGAUUUAUCGAUAAUCUUUUACAAAAAGAGCCUAAACGACGAAUGCAACUUCUCGACUGUAUCGCACACGAUUGGUUACAAAGAAAUGCGUACAAAUAUUUGUUUGGUCCCUACAAAUGUCCGAUUUAUGUACAUAUGGACGAAUAA